AUGAAGUACGCACUCAGUGUGACUCUCCUUCUGGCCAUUGGCCUCCAUCAGAUCGAUGCGCACGGCAUGAUGCUAAAUCCCCCAAGUCGAUCCUCCCGCUGGCGCUACGAUGGCUCUGCCCCCCAGAAUUACAACGACAACGAACUCUUCUGCGGUGGCUUGUAUACCCAGGCCAAUAAUGGCGGCCAGUGCGGUUUGUGCGGCGACAACUUUUCGACGGGCCGGCCUCGUCCCAACGAGAUUGGUGGCCAGAUUGGCGGCAGUGGCGUCGUCACAAAGAGUUAUGGAACAGCAAAUGCAAUAAGUGUCGGCGUCAAGAUCACCACCAAUCAUUUGGGUCACUUUGAGUUCAAUCUGUGCAACUUGGAUACGUUUGGCAGCGAGUCCGAAGAGUGCUUCAGCCAGCAUCGCCUGCGCUUCCCCGAUGGCAGCGAUAGGCUGCAAAUUGGCACCCAGAGCGGGGAGUUCGACGUGACCGUGUUGCUGCCCCAAGGAGUCACCUGCCAGCAUUGCGUUCUGCGCUGGACUUAUGUGGGCGCCAACAACUGGGGCAUGUGUGAGAAUGGCACCGGUGCCCUGGGCUGUGGUCCACAGGAGACCUUCAAAAACUGCGCCGAUGUCAGCAUCCACUGA